AUGGCUUUGGCUGGAGUCGGGGAGGCGCUCGCGUCCGUAGUGCUCAAGGUGGUGUUGCGCAAGCUGGGAUCCGCUGUCGGGCAGCAGAUCAAGGCGCGAUGGAAUCUGGAGCGAGAUAUGGAGGAAAUCAAGAGCACGAUGGGGAUGGUGCAAGCCGUACUGAGGGAUGCCGAGAGGCGAUCCGUCAGGGAGGAAGCGGUCAACCUUUGGCUUAAGAUGCUCAAGGACGCCGCCUACGAAAUCUCCGACAUGUUCGAUGAAUUUGAAGUCAAAUUGACAAAGGGGAAGAUCUCUAGCUCUGUUGCCAAGCUUACUAUGGGUAAAAAGCUGAAGAAUAUGAGAAAAAAGUUAACAAGGAUAGCAGCACUGCGGACACAGUUUGCAUUCAACCUAGAUGCCUGUUCAACAGACCACGAAGAAAUCAAGAAGAGACAAACAACAUCAAAGAUCAAUAGAGCAACUAUCGUUGGAAGGCAGAAAGAGAAGGAUGACAUUGUAACAUUACUAAAAUCAGAUGAGGAACAAGAAACACUAGUAAUCCCUAUCUUUGGGUUCGGGGGUAUUGGUAAGACCACACUAGCUAAAUUGGUUUUCAAUGAUGACCGGAUGCAAGAUUUCGAUCUGCGAGUAUGGGUUUAUGUGUCUCCUCAUUUUGAUUUGGAAAUGAUUGGCAAAAGUAUAAUAUCACAAUUCAAACAACCUGUUGAGGGUUUGGAUGGUCAGUCUGUAAGUAAUUGUCUAGAGGAGACAUUGGGUGGCAGAAGUUGCUUGAUUGUUUUGGAUGAUGUAUGGGAGAGCAACUUCUUUCAGUUGGAUAAUUUAAGGCUGAUGUUAAGUAACUUCAAGGAGAAAAGCAAGAUUAGGAUCAUUGUAACAACACAAACUGAAGAAGUUGCAAGGAACAUAGGCACUGUUACACCAUACAAGCUGAAGCCAUUGUCUGAUGAUCAUUGCUGGACAUUGUUCAAACAUAUGGCUUUUCAAUCUGGUUUCUCCUGCAGAGAAGAUAAAAAUGCAUUGGACAAAAUUGGGUGGGAUAUUGCAAAGAAGUGCCAAGGAGUGCCAAUGGCAGUUCAAGCUGUUGGGUUUAUGCUGCGCAACAAAAGUGUCGAGGAGUGGAGAAAUGUGAGGGAUAGUGAUAUUUGGGAUGGCUCCUCAACCACCGAUAUGCUACCAUCGCUGAAGCUUAGUUACUACCAGAUGACUGAUUACUUGAAGCUUUGCUUUUCCUAUUGCUCAGUGUUUCCUAAAGGCUGUGAAAUACAUAGGGGUGAUCUAAUUCAGCAGUGGAUAUCUCUUGGAUUCAUUCCAUCCAGCCCUGGAGAACACUUGACACUUGAGAAGAUUGGGGAAAACUAUGUGAACGAGCUACUAGGAAUGUCCUUUCUCCAAUACUCAAGGCCAACAUCCUUGGUAACCAAGGAGGACACAAAUAACUCUAUGCUGCUUAGCAUGCACGAUUUAAUUCAUGAUCUUGCUAGAUCUGUUCUUGGAGAUGAACUGCUUUUCGUGGAUGGUAAAAAGGGAUACACUUCUAGAAAUGGCAAUCACCGGUAUGCAUUAGUAGUCAAUGGUACGAGACAAAUAGAUUUAUGUGAUUAUGUUCCUACCAAAUUAAGAUCUCUGCAUAUUUUUGACUCUGCGGAAAUUCAUCCGUCCUUAUAUAGUAAACCCUUGCGUGUCUUGGAUUUAAGCAUGUUUUCCAGUGGAAGCUUUCCAGCAUCUAUUGGUAAAUUGAAGCAAUUGAGGUACCUUGGUGCUCGUGGGCUGCAACAUGAAUCAGUUCCUGAGGAUGUCACUAGCCUUUCAAAGCUAAUGUAUUUGAACAUAAGUGGUUCCUCCAAAAUUUCAAUGCUGCCCGACUCAGUUAAGGCACUUAGAAGCUUACUGCAUCUAGACCUAUCUGGGUCUUGUAACCUUUCUUCACUACCAGAAUCAUUCGGAGACCUGAUAAACCUAUCACAUUUAAACCUUGCGAAUUGUUCUUUACUCAAAGCUUUGCCCAAGUCAGUAAACAAACUCAGAAGCUUGCUACAUCUAGACCUAUCUGGGUGUUGUAACUUAUGUUCAUUACCAGAAUCAUUCGGUGACCUGGAAAACCUCUCACAUUUAAACCUUGCAAAUUGUUCUCUAUUCAAAGCUUUGCCCAAGUCAGUAAACAAACUCAGAAGCUUGGUACAUCUAGACCUAUCUGGGUGUUGUAACCUCUGUUCAUUACCAGAAUCAUUCGGCGACCUGACAAACCUCACAGAUUUGAACCUGGGGAAUUGUAUUCAUCUCAAUACUUUGCCAGAUUCAGUAAACAAACUCAGAAACUUGUUUCGGCUGGACCUGUCAGGGUGCUGUAACCUGUGUUCACUGCCAGAAUCAUCAGGUGACCUGAUGAACCUCUCACAUUUAUACCUGGUGAAUUGCUCACUACUCAAAACUUUGCCUGAGUCAGUGGACAAACUCAAAAACUUGCUACAUUUAGACCUAAGUGGUUGUAGUAGCCUCUGUUCGUUACCAGAGUCUUUUGGUGAGCUGAUAAAUCUAUCACAUUUGAAUCUGGCAAAAUGUACUGAUCUUUGUUCUUUGCCCAAGUCUUUUGGAAGGCUAUGUGAACUUCAGUAUUUGAACCUGUCAGAUUGCUUAAGACUUGGUCUAUGGUUUGAUAUUGACACUCUCUGUUGUCUUACUAAGCUACAGUAUCUAAACCUGUCCCGUUGUCCAAGUCUCGGGCAUAUACCUGAAUCUAUCAACAAUCUAAAGAAUCUCCAUACUUUAGAUCUCUCGAGAUGUCCCUGGAUCGAGAGAUUUCCAGAAAGUCUAUGCGGAAUGGCCAGCCUCAAGUUUCUGCUAAUACAUGAGUGCAGACCAUGGUUGCAACAGCGUGUCAGGGAGUCUCAGCUCAAGAAUGAUGUGCUAAUGUUGCCCAAGUUUAUUGUUCAAAGAACAGAUUCAGGCACUUCCAGCAAUAUUUCACGCCUGCAAUCUGUAUAUCCUGCAGAGCUUGAAAUCGUAUGCCUUGAAAAUGUGACAAGUAUCGAAGAAGUGGAUGCAGUAAAUUUGGUAGGUAAGUCAAUACUUUCCAAAUUGGCAUUGGCAUGGACACCAGCAGCUGAACGCUUUCUGGAGGAUGAGGCUUUGCUCCAAGGACUCCAGCCUCCUGAAAAUCUCAUGUUUAUAAAAGUACAAGGCUACAUGGCAACUUCCUUUUCUGGAUGGGUGAUGAGCAUGGAAUCAUGUCUACUGCAUCUUGUUUGCAUUGAGAUGAUAGAUUUACCGAGAUGUGAACAAUUACCGGUGUUUGGCCAAUUACCAAAUCUAGAGCGGUUGAUUCUAAAGAGGAUGCCAAUCUUCAGGAAACUGGGAACUGAAAUUUGUGGGGGAAGUGGAGCAUUUAAGAAACUAAAAGAGUUCACACUAGUAGAUCUUGACACCUUAGAAGAGUGGAUUACCAAGGUUCCACUGAAUGGUGAGUUCAUGUUCCCCAGUCUUCACAAGUUAGAUAUCUGUGGCUGCCCUAAGUUAAGGUUGACACCAUGCCUGCCUAGAGCAAUUGAAUGGAGAAUCCAAGCGAGUGAUGAAAUUAUAGCAAGUCAAUAUGAUGCAGGAUCACCAACCUCUUUGACACUAUCAAAACUGCAUGUUACAAGCUGCCAGCUGCAACCCAACCAGUGGGCACUGCUCGGAUUUCUCCCUGCUCUUGAGGUAUUGGAAAUUUCAAACUAUGGACUGGGAAAAUUGCCAGACGGCAUCAGUUUCCUGGUAUCACUGCGAUCACUGAAAAUAGAAGUGUCCACUGAUGAUCCAGAAGAACAAUUCAAUUGGUUACUAUUUCUUUCUGCAAUUUCUGGUGACCGGGAGGUUGUGAUAUUCCCGUUACCUCAACUUACUGCAUUGGAGAAUUUGGAAAUAAGUUUUAAUAAUGAAUUGCAAACAUGGUGCAAGACACAUGAUAGGUGGACUUUGCAGAACGCCAAAAACGAGUCGUCAACUUUCUUUGAACGACACUUGGCCAUGAUCCAACAGAAGGAAGAAGAGCGACCCCUCAGCAGGUACAUCCUUCGGGUCAAGCAGCAAGCUGAAGCCCUCAGUGCCGUCGGGCAGACUCUUCGUGAUAACUUAGUCAUCAGGUGCAUGCUCCCGCACGAGGAUGGCUACAAGUGCAUCACCAACAAUAAGGAUAGGCGUGCCCUCAUGCACGUCCUCAAAAUGUACGGCUACGUCGUCGAUGGGUCAGUCACCCCAAUUAAUGGUGUCACGCUGAAUGAUCUCUAUGUUCGUGUUGUGAUGCAUGAGGGGCGUCAGCACGGCACUGGUGAUCAGACAGUCUCGGCACCCACGACUCCGCGACACGAAUGGCUCGCAGCGUUGGGUUGCAGCAGCCCACGCGGCUCGGCCCACUACCGCUGCAAUUCAGCGCCGCCGUCCCUCUUCUACUCCCCGGGCGACAAGGAUGACCACCGCCUCCACCGCUCGUGCAGCGCUAGCUCCUUCUGA